UGGUAGAGGUAUAACAUUAUCAUAAUAUUGUAUUACUUUAAUAUUGAAUAGCAAUAGCAUUGGUUUCAGUUUGUAUUGUAUAGAAAACCCCAGUUGUAAUGUAUGGCAGCGUUAAUGUUGUGUUUAAUAGCAGUUUGUGUGCCAUUUGUGCCCUAUUUUCCAUACAUUGGGAAUAAUCCGAAACCAUUAGAGUCUUGUCUCUUACUUUUUACCCAAAUAUCAGGGCGUUUGCCAAAUGGCCCCCAAUUUCACAACUUUUUUUAAAUAGUUUUUUUUAAUUACAGUUUAAUUUGAUUUUUAAUCACUUAAUUAUGGAAGAAACGGUUACCGCUGAGGACACAGAGGAUAACCAAUUAGUUGACGUCAAUGAGGCUGAUGUCGAUUCCAACGACGACAAGGAACAGGUGAUUAAACUUAAGUCGAAAAAUUCAUAUCGACAGAAGUACAAGAGGGCCUGGGAACUGGAUCUACUACUUAGAGACUGGUUGUCUCCUUUCACUGGUGAUCCGUAUUCGGCCUUUUGUAGGACCUGUCACUGCAAACUUCACGCCCAUAAAAAAGGACUGUUAGCUCACGCAAAGUCAUCAAAACAUAGGAAGCAUACACUAACUGGUGAAGAUCCGUUAAGCACUGAAAGUGGAGAAAUAGUUGCGUUAAAAAAACUUAAGAAAACGCACUUUAACGAUCAGUGGCUCGAAGACACAAAUUUUUCUCAAUGGUUAAGAAAAAUCCCGAAUAAUUCUACAAAAGCUCUUUGCGUGGCCUGUCGUUCAGUGAUAACCGCCGGUCGGAGUGAACUUAUUAAACACAGUCAGGCGGCCAAACACAAGAAGGCUAUUUUAGACGGCAUUCCCGAAGAUAUAGGAGAGAUUGAUAUCGAUUGGUUGGAUCCGUCAUAUGUGCCACAAAUUAAUAAUAAUUCUAAUAAUAAUAAUAAUAAUUUAACAGUUACUCCAGCACUAACUUUUAGUACAAAUAUAACCGUUCAACAGAUAAAUUCAAACAAUCACAUUAUGGAUACAUUAGGUUUGAAUUUAAGUGAUAUUAUAAGUCAAUUGCAAGAGUCAGUACCUCUGCAUUUGGCCGAAAAGUGGGAUAAUGUAGGACUUCUGAGUCAACCGACGCAACCAACAAAAAUUCACAAUAUAUUACUCACAAUCGACUUAACUGAGAAAGUAGUGGAAGAAGCGCUCAAAAAGAGAGUUAAUCUAAUUAUAUCAUAUCAUCCGCCAAUAUUUAAGCCAUUGAAGAGUUUAUCACCAAAUGUUUGGAAAGAAAAGAUUAUUUUGACGUGUAUUGAGAACAAGAUUGCCAUAUAUUCUCCGCAUACCGUUCUCGAUGCCAUCAAAGGAGGUAUCAAUGAUUGGCUUUUAACAGCUUUUGGAUCGUCACUGUCUUCGCCUAUUCAACAAAGUUAUUCGGAUCAGUCUGGAAGCGGACACUUCUCUAAUUGUUUAGAUGUUCUCGUCUCUGAAGGAGAAGAUGUCACACAAGCUUUAAGUGGUUUGGAAAAUGUUAUUUUGACGGUUAAGAGCAAUGAAUACGGAGGAUGUGAUGUGAGAGUGUGUUGCGAUGAUAAGACAUUACCAAAAGUUGUUGAUAUCUUAUCGCAACAUCCGGUGGCACAGCUUUGCAGCAGAAUUACUAAACUUCAAACUCCUCCACUUCCCGGCCAAGGAAUGGGUCGAUUUGCAUGUUUGGAUCAAUCACUUCCACUCUAUGAAAUUGUUCACAGAAUUAAACAACAUUUAGAUCUAACACAUGUCAGACUUGCAAUAUCUCCUAAACACACGAGAGAUACCAAAGUGAACACAAUAGCCGUGUGCGCCGGUUCGGGUGCCUCUGUCCUCAGGGGCUGUAAGGCUGAUGUCUGGAUAACCGGUGAGAUGUCUCAUCACGAAGUCUUAGAUGCCAUACAUUACGGCUCUUCGGUUAUACUCUGCGAACACACAAACACUGAACGCGGAUAUCUUAAGCCAUGGGCUGAACAACUGAAAGACAAUUUAGGACAACAUAAUGUCAAUAUAAUGAUAUCCGAUGUCGACAAGGAUCCACUAAAAGUGGUCUAAAAAUAUUUGAAUGACUUUUUAUAUAAAUAAAUAAAAA